AUGCAAUGUCUUCAGUCGCAGCUUUUGCCUUUUGCGCAAAAGAUGAAUGAAAGCGCUUUUUUCGAACGGAGACAUAUACAUAUGAGAAAAACGCAAAAAAAUUACAUAUGGGAAAAACACAAAAAAAUUACAUAUGAGAAAAACGCAAAAAAAUACAACGCGUAUUCGGAAAGCGCAACUAUAGUUGUGCGGCGGAAUUGUUUUAAGAUUGUACGGAGCAUCAACAGCUUUGAAGUGCAAAGGGAAGAGCAGCUGCGGGCCCGAUCCAAAACGCAGGCGCCAGCUUUCAGAAAAGCUUUUAUCUGAGUCGCAGCUAUCUACUCCUUUUGAUGUCGCAUUUAUACCAUCUUCCACGCAAUAGCCUUGCAGCAAGAUGGGAAUGCUUUAGCAACUUCAAGUGAGUUCCCAAAGUAGACGUAUGCUUGACACUACCGCGCUCCGACCUUGACUAAGUAGUCGAACUUAGGAUACAAGUUUACUUUGAAAACUAGCAGCGGCGCGAAAGGAACAAGUACGAAGCCACUGGCUGGCGCUCCGUGUGCUAGCCAGGACGUCUUCACCUUGUCGGGACACGCAAAACAAAGCUCCACCCCAGACACAUAUUUACCCCUCGUUUCGAGGAAUCGCCUACCCGUUUUGAUAACAUCUGUUACGCAGUCCAUGCAAGAACCUUGCAGCAAGAUGCUUUAGUAGCUUCUUCUUAUCUUACUUGUUGCACUUUGUAGCUUUAACUUUUUUGCCAACGAAACGCAUGCAAUUGAUUUAGUACUUCUGAAGGAUCAUCUAAAAGUUAAAGUUUUACUGAGAAAUAGGAUUAAGAGUCGAGGACUUCAGAGCGUCAACCUCCUGAGCAAUAGAAGUCACAAAGCUACUAUUAGAAGUGUCACACGGGCGCCGUUGCAGUUUUAUCCAAAUUGCAUCGUGAACAGCAUCAAGAACAUCUUGUCGGACUUUCUUAUUUGAAUUUGAAAAACAUCUCGACUUGAGUCCACCAAUGUGACCUACUACACCGG